UGAUGUGUUGGCUGCCCUUUGUGCUGUAGACAUUCCCAAAUAGUUAGAUCAGGCCUUCGUAGUGUACAAUUCUUUCCACAGAAAUUUGAAACCCAUCAAAACAUUUGCAUUUCUUCAAGUAAAAGAUGAACCACCACUUUAGUGUAACUUCAUUUAUUUGUCUUAAUAUUUUUUUGUUUGGUUUAGGAGAGACUGUCAUAAACAAUGGCGGACCUUGUUCACCUAAGGACACAAUGAAUGUUGGAGCUGUGGAGAAACUACUCCAAGCAGAAGAGAAAAAUAAAUCUGCAGAUAUUUCAAAACAAAAAGAACAGUGCCUUGUACCAUGUGAUGCUCAAGCUAAAAUUUUACGAGAGGACAAACAUUACAUGUGCAGAAAUUUGCAGAACUCUCUUGCUGAAUAUGCCAGAGGUACUAAAAAACUGGUAAGAGACAUGAUGGAUGAUCAACAGUCUUCACUGGAUUACCUUUCUAAUCAGGUAAAUGAACUCUUGAACAAACUUGUUCUUUUGAACACAGUAAUUUUGAGAAAACAUCUGGAUCCACUUCCUUAUAAAGCAGUUCAAUCUCAUGGUUUGGACUGCACUCAUAUUAAAGAUACUGUUGGUUCUGUUUCAAAAACUCCAAGUGGUCUGUACAUUAUCCAUCCAGAAGGAUCAAAUUAUCCUUUUGAGGUCUUGUGUGACAUGGAUUUUCGAGGAGGUGGAUGGACCGUGGUUCAGAAAAGAACUGAUGGAAUUGUUCAGUUUCAGAGAACAUGGUCUGAAUAUCUCGAUGGAUUUGGUGACCUUACUGGAGAAUUUUGGCUUGGACUGAGGAAGAUUUUUGACAUAGUAAAUCAAAAAGCCACUCAUUUCAGUCUUUAUGUGGAUUUGGAAUCAGAAAAUGACAAGCAUGCCUAUGCAUCAUAUGAUGGAUUUUGGAUAGAGGAUGAAGCAUGUUCUUUUAAGAUCCAUUUGGGGCAUUAUUCAGGAAAUGCUGGUGAUGCAUUUAGAGGAUAUAGAAGAGAAGAUAACCAAAAUUCCAUGCCUUUCAGCACUUUUGAUGUUGAUAAUGAUGGCUGCAGGCCAAGGUGCACUGUUAAAGGACAGCCAGUGAAGAGCUGCAGUAACUUCAGUGAUAACACGGGGUGGUGGUUCAACAAGUGUGGCCUUGCAAAUCUUAACGGUGUCCAUCGCUACACAGGGAGAUUCCUUGCAACUGGGAUUCACUGGGAUACAUGGACAGUGAACAAAAAACCAGUCAAAAUUAAAUCAGUUUCAAUGAAAAUUCGGAGAACCAAUUAUCCAUAUUUCCAUUAACAUAUGAAAAUAGAAAUAUCUCUGCCCUUGCAAUUAUGUGGAGUGAUGUAUCACUACAAUCAUAAAUACUUUUCAUCUUCACUUGAACAGUUCAGUCUUAAAACUCUAUUAGAUAUUUCUAUAAUAGAGUUACUCAUUUUUAUUAUGAAAUGUCAGCAUUUAUAGUGUUCCAGCUUGAGAAAGAAGGUUCUACAAAGAACUGGGUUUUCAGAAAAAGGGUUAAAUUGAGUGUUUGUCAGCUUUUAUUCAAUUGCUUCUUGUAAAACCUCAGAACCAGCAGAAAAAAAUAUAAGAAGAAAUGUAAUGCUGACUUUUGAAUGCGCUUUUUCUAUGCUCUCCACAUAACUAAAUUGGCAAGAAGUUUCAGCAAAUUUUGUUUUAAGAAAACAUAUACCUGCCAUUUUCAUCACAAUAUUUUGGAAAAUACUUCAUCUUAAGUUAAAUUUCCAGAAUCAGCUUUUCUUUCUAUAUUCCUUAUCAGGCAAGAUAACAAUUGUUUCAAUGUAUAAAUAAGGUUUUGUACACCAUCAGGGCCCAAUUUUUAUACAAGUUGGGUUGAUAGUGAAAUUCAAGAACUAUGAACAGUUUUAUAUUUAAUUUUCAUAGUCACUGUAUUUCAUAAUCCAAUUUUGACUCUACCAUUGUCUAUUUCACAAUUCACUACAAAUGAACGUGGUAUUUUUCAAAGGAAACAUAUAGCUUUUCAUAUAACAUUUGCAGUGUUAAUUUUGGGGUAUAUGGGCCUGAUCUUAUGUUUUUCAUUCUUAGUGGCUUUCACUUUGUGAAUGAACAUGUGAUAAUGAAUAAAACCAACUUAAAUUGUGUAAACACAUUAAAAACAAAGGAUUGUGAAUUCUUUGAAUUUCUGUCAGUAAAAAUAGAAUAAUGUCAAUAAAAAUAUGAAUAUUGUCAGUACAGUGUUUCUGGAACCAGGCAUCAAAUCUGUAGCAGCUAGAUGUGAUAUUUCUCAUCUUUGCUUCAGUUUCAGCAGACCAACUCUGUAGUAGCAUGUGGAAUGAAAAUAUUUAAAACUCCAUGAUUUUCCUCUUUGCUGUUUUUUAUUUUUACCAAGCAUUAGUCCAGUGAGCAGAAACCAUCAUCAGUUCAGAACCACCACGGUUUAGGUCUUCUUCCUAAAGAUUUAUGUAGCCAUAGGAGGAAACUAAGCUUUUCAUAGGGUAUGUUACAAUGUUAAGGGGGAAUUUGUUGUAUGUUUGACUAGUCUUUAACAGUUGGACGUCAAAAGUUGCUAAAAGCAGGUUUCCUCUCUGCUAGAGGAAAACUGAGGACUGUGCUUAUGGGGAUACCUACAGGAGAAGCAUGGUAGGAAGUAGCUUGAGGAAUAAUCACAGGCCUUGUAGGGGCAUUGUGAGAAAGGGGAUAGGUCCUGCUCUUGGGGAAGACUGAAUUCUCUGAGCACAGUGGAGGUUUGUUUUUGUCAGACACUGGAGUCUUGGGAUAUUAGAGGUGGAGAGAUUGUCUGUGCACCCUCUUCAGCCUGCCCUCACAGCAGCCUGAUUACGAGUGCAACAGCUUUGAACAGCAGCCUGGACCCAGCAGACUUGUAAAGGUAGAUGCUUAAAUUAAAUAAUGCUUCUGCACUAAGAUUAACAAGAACUGGAGCUUUAAAAGGGUAUUAAUUCUGGCUGCAAGUCUGGAUGUUAUCAAUUUAUUAGGGCUCUUAUGACAGAAAGAGUCCUCAGCCUGUGGCACAAGAAUCCUACUGAACAAUGCCAGUGGGUAAAUUUCAUGGAAAUGUAAUGGAUUUAAUGAAAGCCUCAAACUUUGGUGGUAUGGUCUCUGUUCUGACAACCAGGUCCAAGCUUAUGAGCAGGAGUCUAAGUUGGUACUUUGGAUGUAUAUAGCUAUAUUCUACUGACACCCUGAGGCUGCUUUUGGCUUAAUUAGAAUUCCUGCUUAAAAAUUAAGAUGGCAAAUGAAGAUUGUAGACUUGUCCUGGCAGAUAUUACCACAUUUAAUUAUGAGGUUUACUCUCCCCAUUGUCAGCAUUGGCUAGAUUAGCUGGCAGAAAAAAAUCUUAAAGGAGAUGGGCCUGAAAAGAUAAUUAGAGAUUAAAGAAUCAUUCUUGCAAAUAGACAUUGUUUUAAAAUGUAGAGUAUGCCUGGAAAAUCAAAGUGCUAGAGAUUAGUUGACAGCUUCCUGGUGCAUAUCUGAAAUACAGUAAUGACAAGAGUUUCCAUGUGAUAGAUGGCUAUUGUCUUCAAAGAUUCAUUCCAUUUCCUCCCUAGUAACAAAAAACCUGGGAAAACAAAUAAAUUUUUAGUUAAACACAGAGAAUUUUAAAGGACAUUGAACUGUCUCCAGUGGCCUAUGUUUCACAUUUUCAGCUGAUAGUUCCCAGCUGUCAUAGGAUGGCAUGAGAUUUGUCUGGCCCUAUAUUUAGGGCUGGUAAUUAGUUGGUUAUUUCCCAAACAGUCUUGUUUCAACUAGAAUAUAAGGGAACAUGUUGGGUCUAGCAUAAUAAGAGAAACCAAUUGACUGUUUCAAAUAAAGAGUACCUUAGUUUAACUGCACUUA